GUAUUUCGUAUCUGAGCCGUGCUAAGUCCUAUCUCGUGCCUGGGCCGUGCUAGGAGGUCCUAUACAUGCUCCACAUCGUACCUAGGUUGUGCUAGAUUUCACCUGCCCCUCCUCGUAUCUGGAUCGUGCUAAGAGGUCCCACCUGCUUCACCUCGUACCAGGAACGUUCUAGGAGUUCCCACCUACUCCACCUAGUACCUAAGCCGUGCUAGUGAAGUCCCACCUGCUGUGUUAUCGUCGAUCGACGCACAAACGUAAUUGAAGAAGUGUUAAUGACAGAAUUACAACCUUCGUAAAUAAUUACUGCUGGAUCUUGAUUGGCCACCGGGUGCAUGGCUACAGUCGGCGCUGGACCAUGCUUCACCCAUCACGACCUCAGUAACACCUAAGCCUAUCUGGCUAGUCCCCACCUUGACCACCGCGCUCCCUGUCAACACACACCAGUGUUGUGGUACACCAUGUGUAACCUAGGCCAGACGGGCAGCAGCACCUGAGUGGCAGUACUGGCUGGACCUCAACUUCACCACCCACGCCAAACGUUAGCAAUAUGAAGAAAUUUGCUGAUGAGGGAGGUUGGUUACGGGUGUGUGUGUGCUGCGCGGCCCUGCUGGUGCACCACGGGCUGAGAGACUCCCUCAUCACUGCAUUGCCCGUCAUCGCUGCCCUCCCUCCAUCCUCGCCCGCAUCAUCCACCACCAUAGACCUCGCACACACCACUGUCGCCACCAGCCUCUCCACUCAUACAUACUAUAGGUCUACAUCUCCUCUAACACCUCGUAUUUUUACUACAAUCGCCCCAAUAAUCCCAAGAAUAUCUAGUCAAGAGUUCGCAAGCUCUGUAAACGAAAGUAUAAACCCAAUAAGAGAUUCUUUAGUGGGUGACAAGAUCCUCGAACUGAGGCGUCGGGAGUCAAGUAGUCCGCAGGCUUCACCUACAAGCCACCACCAGGAAAUAUUGCAUGUCAUACCAAGGAAAAUUAGACGUAAUGAUUUAUUAGUUCAAGAAGAUCACCUUAAAAGGGCACGGAGAAAAGAUAGUAGAGUCAUUCGAGAAACAGAUUUAUCAGGAGUUGAUGAUGAGGAUCAGCAGCAGCUUGCAGGACAUGUCUCGACUCAGAGGACACUUUUAUCAAACUCUACCCAAAAUGAAGAGUGGGCGAGGCACUUCCCGUUGGGUGUGGGCGCCGUGAAGCUCUCUCUAGACUUUCUGAAGCCACCGAGCCACUGGCAGGACCAGGACCUGACAGACCUAAAGGAGGAGUGGUCGCUGCUGCUGGAGGGUGUAGUCCUCAGUGCUGUAUACUGGACGUGGCUCCUCACCGCGCUACUUGCUCAUCAACUCAUCCACAGGGUUGACCCGGCGGUGGUGUUGGCAGGGUCCGUGGGCGUGGCGGGAGUGUUGGGGCUCCUCACCCACGCUGCAUCUCUGGGAGGACCUUGGCUGCUACUGGCCUCCAGACUACUACUCGGCGCCGUCCAGGGCGUGAGCUUCCCGUGUGUGGCCAGGGUGCUGGAGGGAACACCUCACAAGCACCGUCCCGUCGCUCCCUAUAUCGUCUUUGCCGGGCCAUACCUGGGCACCAUCCUGGGAGGAGGACUUGGUGGUCUUCGGCAGUGGUACAUUGCCACAUACCUGGUGGGUGGCCUGGCCCUCCCCGUCACCCUCCUCUGCCUCAUGCUGCCCCGCCACCACCACGCUCCUCACAAGGAAGUGUCGUGGGGGCAGGUGUUGAGAAGCCGGGCGGUGUGGGCGUGCGCGGGCGUGCACAUGUCUCACACCUGGAUGGUGCACACACUCCUGGUGGGCGGGCCUUUCUGCCUCGUCUACGUCAUUGGCAGCCCAUCCCUUCGUGGCUGGCAUCUGGCUCUGGCAACUACGUCAGCGCUGGGGAUCAGUGUUUCCUUGUGUCACCUCGUUCACGUCGCCCUUAAGGGUACCAGCCUCACUGCUCUCAAUCGUCGACGUUUUCCUGUUAUCACGGGUUGCGUCAUAGUGACGGUAGGGACUAUAGUCAUGGCUACAGUGGGGAUGUACUCUACGCAAGGGCUAAUGAUUACUGUAGCCUGCACGGCCUUCGGGCUGAGUGUGGCACGAGCUGGCUACACCCUCAACAUGGACGAUAUGGCACCCUGGCAGGUAUGGCGACUCAACAAGGUGUUCGAUGUGCUUGGAGUGCUGGCCGCCGCCAUCAGCCCCCUGGUGGUCACAGCUCUGGCUCAGGGUGUGAAGGACGGGUGGGUGGGAGUGUGGCUGGUUCCCUUGGCGGGGGUGGCGCCGGCUGCUGUUCUCUACCUCUUCAUGCUAACUACUAACCCACUUCCCUGGGAUGAACCAGCAGAUUGUGCUCCUGCUGGAGCUAAUGGAGAAGUGAAACUUGGAGGCGAGGCCGGAGGAAACUUGGCGAAUGGGGGAGGUGACAUUCGUCACUCCAUGCGCAGCAAGCAGAGCUUCAAGAGUGCUCGGUCAGGCAAUACCUACAAAAGUGCUCGGUCGGCCAAUACCUACAAGAGCGCUCGGUCGGCCAAUACCUACAAGAGCGCUCGGUCGGUCAAUACAUUCAAGAGCGCUCGGUCACUAGAUACGUUCAAGACGGCAGCCUCGCGGACUAGGUCACGGACGCUGUCCUGCCGUACUGUGGACGAUGAUCUGGAGGCGGAUAUGCGCAGUGUAGCCGAGGAUCCUAGCGUGGACUGUCAUCAUCUUGAAGACAAGGAACCAGACUGUUAUAGUGUUGCUUCAACCAGUACAUUCAAAAGUGAUGACAUGCAGAGCGUGAUCGAUGGCAGAGACACGGUGACACAGCAGCACCAAGGGCAGCAGUUUGGAUCUAUGCUGUCUAAUGGCGCUCUUGCAGACAAAACAGCCGUCUGGCUCAGCUCCCAUCAUGACCUCGCCAUCACCGGCACCCACUGUGUACAAACACCGCCCACCAAGGAGGAGAUCCACUCUAGGAAUUCAAUAUAUGGUUUGUUCUGGUGACAAUUAUUUGUAGCAUUACUUGCUCUUAAUAGCCACAACUGGCUUAAUUUUGCGAUAUUUUGAGUAUAUAAUGGAACUGAUGAACUAAAAACUGCAGUCUAUUCAGCAGUGAUUGUGGUUCGUCUAGAAACAUUUACUUAGGUCUUGAAACCUGAGAACAUUUGGGUUUUGAAUCACGAUUACACGGAAGUGUCAAGUGUUUUGACUGGAGAAAGUACUGCCCUUGUAAUGCUGUUCUCAUUGUGAAAAUUACUGGUAUUGUGUAGGUUUUCCUUCUCAUUGUGAAAAAUAUAGCCGUUGCCGAAAUUAUUUAAAAUGCAUUGGGGAUCGGAACAUAUUUCAAAGGAAAUUUUGCCUUGAAAAAUGUGUAAAUUUUAAAAUUAACAAAUUCGGGAUUAACCUUAUUGAAGAAUAAAUUUGUCAAGGUAUGAAAACAUUUUAAUGCAUUUUUUUUUUUUGACGACUGCUAAUUGUUUGUACUUUGUUUCUAUUGUAUUUUUUCUACGCCGUAUGGAUUACCGACUGAACAAAUUUUUAUUCUCUGCCAUUUGAGGGAAAUAAAGUUAAAUAACUACGAAACUAAAUUUUAAUGUCUAAUUUAUCAUAUUACAGUUUGACACAAUAUACAGGUAUAGGCCUUCUACCCACCCACCCACUGCCAGCCAUAUGUACUGACCCCCACAAUGCUCAAUGUCAUGUCACCCGGUCCAUUCAUGUAACAAACUAAACACAGGAAUUAUUUGCAUGAUCUCGCGCGCGCGCACACACACACACUGACCACUUUAAAUGUUGAAAAACCCGGUAAUGUGGUUUGGCACCGUUCCUUCACAGUCCUCAUAUCCCAGCUUCUUGGCCUCGUAUAUCUCUAAAUGCUAGCUAGUGUGAAUAACUUAAUGCUCUCCUGAUAAUUUUUUAAAAUUUUCUGGACAGAGGUUUAUCAGAAGUAAUGAGAAGGUAACACUUUUUCGACUAUUGUGGUACUAUAAUACCACAGACAUGAACAUGUCUGUGGUAUUCACAUCCAUGGACCUCAUCAGCAUUUGCGUUAUGGUCACCAGUUAAGUAUGCAACCCCCUAAAUUUUGGAAUAUUUUUUUAUUAUACUUUUAUAAAUUGACAAAAUUUGUUAAAGCGGAAAUUACAGCAGACAUUUUUAAUUUUCAAAUAAAUGUGUGGGCACAACAGAUUUUUGUUCAUGGCAUGAAUUUUUUUUACUGGAACUUUUGUAUAUAAAUGUAGUUGACAUAUUCUAUUUAUUAAACACAUGAUCCCAUCUCACUGGGUCUGCUGAUGCAUCUGUACAUUUUACAUGUCAUUUCUUGUUAAUAUUUCAACCUGCCUGAGGAAAAAAAGAUGCAUAUUAAUAUUAGGCAUACAAGCAGCACACCAAAGCUUGUUGCAUCUUGCAAAAAAAAUCUGUGGAAAUGCAGAUCUAAGUAUGGGCAGUUUAGCUGUAAUGUUUGCUGAUUUACCAAUGUAUGCAAUGUUUUGAAAAACAAAGCUAUGCAAAACUUA